AUGGAUCUCAUAAGGCUACUUAGGAUGAUACAGUCAAGCGUGAAUCCUUGUACGACAGGACCCACCAGUUAUGAGGACAUUAAGACUUAUCAAGAUGUUCUGUAUCCAAGCUACAAAGCAGCAUGUUAUGCUCGUGGGUUAUUAGAUGAUGAUCAGGAGUACAUUGAUGACAUAGUAAGAAGAAGUUUUGAAAGCACAGCAAGUGAGCUACGAAAAGUGUUUGUUAUGAUGCUUAUGAGUAACACUUUAUCUACUCCGGAGACUGUAUGGGAAAGAACUUGGCAGUUUUUGUCAGAAGAUAUUGAGUAUUACAGGAGAAGAGACUUAAAUAGACCAGGUCUAUUGCUGAGUGAUGAUGAUAAAAAGAAGUAUGCUUUGCUAGAGAUAGAAAAUAUUUUGAAGCGCAAUGGUACUUCUCUAUCAAGAUUUGAGUCUAUGCCUGAAUUGCCAAGAAAAAACAGUAACGAUUCUAAUGUCUUGGUGUUAGACGAACGCAGUUAUUGCCGUGCAUCUUUGUUAGAAACUCUGGACAGAGAUAUUUCAAAAAUGACUUGCGAGCAAAGAAACAUAUAUGACCAGAUUCUUUCGGCUGUAGAUAAAAGAGAUGGUGGAAUGUUUUUUGUUAGCGGUUUUGGUGGAACAGGGAAAACUUUCCUCUGGAAAUUGCUUUCUGCAGCUAUCAGAUCUCGAGGAGAUAUUGUUUUAAAUGUUGCUUCGAGUGGCAUCGCGUCGUUGUUGUUGCAAGGCGGUCGGACAGCUCAUUCAAGAUUUGGUAUUCCCUUAAAUCCAGAUGAGUUUUCCUCAUGCACUAUGAAGCAUGGAUCUGACCAAGCUAAUUUAGUCAAAGUGUCAUCACUUAUUAUAUGGGAUGAAGCGCCUAUGAUGAGCAAGCAUUGUUUUGAAUCUUUGGAUAGAAGUUUAUCUGAUAUUGUGGGGAAGCACGAUACACAGCCAUUUGGUGGAAAGGUUGUUGUUUUUGGUGGUGAUUUUAGGCAGGUGUUGCCUGUUAUAAAUGGAGCUGGUAGAGCUGAAAUUGUGAUGGCCUCACUGAACUCAUCAUAUCUUUGGGAGCACUGCAAAGUACUUAAGCUCACCAAGAAUAUGAGAUUGCUAUCAGCUGUAUUGUCACUAGAAGAGUCAAAAGAUCUACAGGAAUUUUCUGAGUGGAUAUUAAAAGUCGGCGAUGGUAAACUUUCUGAGCCUAAUGAUGGUGAGACAGAGAUUGAAAUACCCUCUGGAUUUUUGAUUACAGACUCUAAUCAUCCUAUAGAGGCAAUCAGCGAAGCAAUUUAUGGCGAUUCAAAUUCAUUGCAUAAAAACAAAGAGCCAAAGUUUUUUCAAGAAAGAGCUAUCCUUUGUCCAACUAACGAGGAUGUUAACAGAGUAAAUGAAUAUAUGCUGGAUAAGUUAGAUGGUAAGGAAAAAAUUUAUAACAGUGCUGAUAGCAUUGAUCCCUCUGAUACAAGUUCUGUUAACAACGAAGCUCUAAGUCCUGAUUUCCUGAACACAAUUAAGGUUUCUGGUUUACCAAACCAUUGUCUUAGACUAAAGGUAGGUUGUCCAGUUAUGAUUUUGAGAAACAUAGCGCCUACAGAUGGAUUAAUGAAUGGGACGAGGCUGCAGAUCACUCAGCUAAUGGAUUUCAUGGUUCAAGCUAAGAUUUUAACAGGAGAACGAGUAGGUGAAACAGUUGAUAUCCCUAGAUUGUUGAUAACUCCAUCAGACACCAGAUUGCCUUUCAAAAUGCGCAGAAGGCAACUGCCUCUAGCUGUGGCUUUUGCAAUAACCAUCAACAAAAGCCAAGGGCAAUCACUAUCUAAAGUUGGUCUUUAUCUACCAAGGCCUGUAUUUUCUCAUGGUCAGCUAUAUGUGGCUGUGUCUAGAGACUUGUUAAGGAGUUGCAUAAACUUCAAGAGCGAGAACGAGUACAAAGAAGAUUUGGUCGCGGUGGUGGCCAAGACGGAAAUCGGUUUGGUCGUGGAGGAAGUGGGGGUAGAUCUGGUCGUGGUGGUGGUGGCAGAGAUUCCAAUAGAUCGAGAGGAUGAGGAGGUGGUGGAUACAGUGGAGGUAAAUGUUGUGGUGAAGGUGAUGAUGGAUACCAGAAUGGAAGUUAUAGUGGUUAUGGAUAAAGAAGUGAAUACAAUGGUGGUGGAGGUGGUUACUCAGGCGGAGGCGGGGAUGGUUAUGGAUACGGAGGCGGUGGACAUGGAGGUAGAUACGAAGACGACGGUAGAUACAGAGGUGGAUACAGUGGUGGUGGAAGUGGUUACUCGAGAGGAAAAGGCGGUGGUGGCUACUCAAGAGAAGGAGGUGGUGAUGGAUACAAUGGAGGUGGAAAACGUGAAGAUGGAAAACAUUGAGAUGGUGGUGGCUAUGGUGGAAAAGAAACAGAGGAACAAACAAACAAAAAACAAUUAA